AUGGUGACCUCCGGCGAAGAUUUAAAGCGCGCAAUCUCUCGACUUCAGUUACACUGCGAGACUCAGUCCUCUUCUACUCCUUCACUCGUUUCUUCCAGUUAUGGAAGAACAAAUCCUUUCGCCUUCAUUCCUCUGUCUCAUGACUACUACAACUCCGACGCUCGUGCCUACUUUCUCGCUGGCAAUGCUAACACCUAUUCUGUCUCUCUCAAGGUUCCGCAAACAAAUGAAACUGGUAAUUGCAAGGCUAGCAUCGGUGGAAAUGCAACUAUUCAAGGACCUAGGAUAGAUGAAACAGUCCAUAGUCCUCCACGUGGACCAACCAGUUGCACAGUGAGUGCAAGAUUCAGUAAAUCAAAGGUUUCAAGACGUACCAAAUUUGGAACUCAAGCAUCAGAUGCAAAGUCUCCUGAUAGCCUGAAUCAAGCCAAUGGCUGUCGUUAUGACAGUUCUUUAGGCUUGUUAACGAAGAAAUUUAUUAGUUUGAUCCUGCAGACUAAGGAUGGCAUCCUUGACCUAAACAAGACAGCUUAUAUUUUGGAGGUGCAAAAGAGGAGAAUUUAUGAUAUUACAAAUGUUCUUGAAGGAAUAGGAUUGAUAGAGAAAACUACAAAGAACCAUAUACGCUGGACGGGAUGUGAUAUGUUAACACCAGAGAAGCAGGAUUAUCAAGUUACUGGAUUGAAGGCCGAAGUUGAAAGUUUAUAUGCUCAAGAAUGCAAGCUUGAUAAUUGUAUAAGGGAAAAACUAGAGCUUCUUAGGGCCCUGGAACGGGAUGAAAAUAAUAGAAGGUAUAAUCUGUUUUCUCCUGAUGUUUCUACUCGUAUCCCAAAGUGCGAGCAUUUGUUCCCUCUUGACAUUCUGUUUCAUUGUCUCAGGCACCUCUUUUUGACAGAGAAAGAUAUUAUGAGCCUUCCAUGUUUCCAGGAUCAAACUGUGAUUGCAAUAAAAGCUCCACAUGCUAGUUCUGUUGAAGUUCAUGACCUUGAUGAGGACCUGGAUCUAUUUGUCCCACUAAGGCGGUAUAGAUUUACCAUUAGAAGCUCUGUAGGGCCAAUCGAUUCGUAUAUCUUGAGCUAUAUUCAUGAGGUUUGCAGCAAACAUAAAGGGCAACUAAAGGUGAAACUCCCGGAUUCAUCAGCUUGUAAUGGUGGCAGAAACAGGUUCGACAGCACAGAUAUGUCUUCACAUCACCAAGACAUGCGGAUGCAUUCUGAUACUUCCAACACAAUGGGCUCCAAAGUAUCAGGAAUUCAGAAAAUAAUCCCACCAGACAAUGGGAUUGAUGCAGACUAUUGGUUCCAAACGGAUUUUGAGGUCAGCAAUACUGAUUUAUGGGGUGUGGAACAGUCGUAG